UUAGAUAAGAUGCAGUUUGGGGAGAUUGACGUCACAUACCAGGAUCAGGAGCAAUAUCUGCCAUCUCCAGUGGUGGUUGACAGGAUAUAUGUGAGGGUGUCGGAUGAUGAAGAGGGCCCUCUUCUAUUUGAUAUGACAGCUGUGGUUGUAGAUGGUGUACAGACAUGUGCUGUUACCGACUAUAAUAACAAGUGCGUGAAAUCUUCUUCACAAGAAAUAAUCAUUCAUGCCACAGUAAACUUCCCCUGGAUAACACUCCACGUGGGAUAACACAGUUGAAUGAGAAGCAGGUGAUGGUUGCUGUCCCAGACUCCAAUCAGAUUCUAACAAUAGAAGUGACCUAUGACCUGGUGCUGCUCUCAACCAUCACAACACGUACUGGAUACUACAGUCUGGCUGUUCUGAAUCCUUCAUCUCUAGCAGCAGGUGCUUGGAAAUGUGUUGAUAUCCUGGACAUGUCUGGACACGUGUUGAGGUCAAUCACUACACAAAAUGAUGCCUCACUGUUUUCCGACCCCUGGUACAUGUGUGUCAACAACAAGGGCAACCUACUCGUGUCUGACUGUUGGAAGAAGUCUGUGACAUGUCUGACGUCAGAGGGGGAUGUUGUGUGGAGAUACGCCCCUGCCGGAAACAGAGCACUCACCAACCCUUGUGGUAUCACAGCUACCAGCACAGGAGACAUCCUGCUUCUAGACAGGGGCAAUGUGAUACAGCUGACAGAGUCGGGGGAGUUUGUCAGAGAAUAUCGAGCGAUGGUUGAUUAUCCACAGGGACUGUAUGUAGAGAGUCAUGACUCAAUGUACUUGUGUAGCCAAACUAAAAUCCUGGAAUUCCUCUUCAUGUAGUCAUACAUCCCAGCAUCAGUAAAAUAUGAGUUACACUAUAACAGAUCAGUACAGAUAUAGAUAUUUUGAUCAGAUUGGAUACUGUUUGGAUUUGAUAACUGAUCAUAGAAAUAAGUUCCAUAACACAAUAGAACGUUCUCGUCAGUGACUUCCUCCAGGUACUCUUGGACAGAGCGUCUACCAGCUAGUGAAGUGACUGAUUAGAUGCAUCAUUCUUAAUGUGGUACUUGUUGUUACCCUGCCUGUUCAGCACUGAUGUGAUAUGGCAAGGACAGCUUGGUGUCAGUAGACUGUGUCUUAGUAGGG